AUGCUUGACUUAAUCGGAGACCCUUCAGGCAAUGACCAUGGGCAAUGGUCCCAAGAAGGGUUUGACCGUCUGAUAAGCAGAUGCGAGCUACUGGCUAUCAUUCACCUUGAGGCAGCCUUGCCCCCAGAGGCUUUUGCGGCCUAUUUCGCGGCCCACUCUAUUGAUCAAGUCAACACGAAGGAAGAUUUCUUGAAUCGGUUACAUCUCGACCACCUUCCCUUCCUUAACACCCGCAUCAAUACCCUCUCUCAAUCUUUAAUCCCUUCUGGAUUAUGGAAAGAACCAAACAAAAAACUCAGGCUUGUCCUACAGAUCCAGUCUGAAAUCGAACACGUACUUGAUCAAAUCGAAUGUGUCAUGAAUACCGUCUGUCCAGGACCGGGAUCCGCGCAAAUGCCAACCAAUGAUCAGCACUUCAGAAGUUUAAAAUAUUCUAGGAUAUACCGUCUGAGGAUCUUACUUCAUGUAGGGGUGAUGCACAAUAUCCUCCAAGUCUUUUAUCGGGCCCGCGAUCUCUUUCAACAAAUCGAGCUUGCGCCGGAAGAACAGAAGCCCCAAUUUGACGCAUGUCCUUCUAGACAGGAUUUGUGUGUUCAAGUCGAUUGCGCGUCGGAGAGGAUCGAGUCAACCAUUCAAAUGCUAGAACAUCCUGAAUUUGAUCUCAUCCAAGAUAACUGGGGGUAUGACCUUUGUGGAAUGGAGAAGACGAUGGAAGAAAUCCUUACCCUGAUCAAUCCACCAGCCAACUUAUCAGAAGAAGCUCAACAGAAAGUGAGGAAAUUUAAUCACAAACCCGUCAUCCAGCUCGCUCGCGUUUUCAUACCAAUCAUCAAGUUAUCAAAGCUGUUCUUCGCCAAACUAUCGAAACGCGGGAUGAAUCAGAGACGCUUCUUGACGUUCAGCGAAAUGUGUUCAGAUCAAAUCGAAACUCUGGCCAAAUCGACAACAUAUGUUGCUCAAGAUAUUGAACCACUCCUUGGUCUCCUCUUCAAAGCUGAUCUUGCUCACAGAGCUUCGACUAACCAAGAGUUCACUCAAAUUACGAACGAUCUCAAAUCCCAUUUGGAAUCUGCUUUGCUGCUUGUAAUCCUUUAUUAUCUUCCUUUGGUCCCAGAUACCGAAGGUUUCCCAGUCCAAAAUUAUUACAAGACCUGGUUUGUCACUUGGAACACUCAGUUCAACAUAUCUAUACGUAACUUUCAACACGCUGCUAGAUCAUUUCACCAAUUGCGAGUUUAAUUGUACAAUCUACCCGCCAAUUCACACUUACUUAGCACUGCCUCAAUCACAUCAUUGAGUGACUUAGCUUUGUUACAACACUACAUCUUAGCUUCAUGCAAUGUUAAACCAACAAAACACAGCAGAAAACUGUGUGACUAUCUAUUCUGUAAAGAACUACACUUUUGCCAUUCUGCUUUGA